AUAAUAAGCACUAUAUAUUCGGCUACUCAUUAAUGUACUGUAAUCGAAUCGACAAAGUCUCUCUCUCCUCUCUCUCUCUCUCUCUACUAAAAUUAUGGAGAUUAACGGCGAACAGCCGCCGCUGAUCUGGCCGCAAUUUGAAUCUACUGGCUACACUCGCCGGCGAUCAUCGAUUCCGACGAUAUUAGGUCCGGCGAUGAUCGGAGUGAUAUCAGCAGCUAUUUUUCUUCUCUUUAUGACCUUCGUCUUACCUCCAUUUCUCUCGAUCACAUCUCAGAUUUUUCAGCCAGCUUCGGUGAAGAAAGGAUGGGAUUCCAUCAACGUCGUUUUAGUAGUUUUCGCGAUUCUCUGCGGCGUACUCGCCAGACAAAACGACGACGGAUUGUCUUCGUCGUCACAGUCUUCACACGUCGAAGAAGAAGAAGAUGAUGUCACGAAUGGUGAGGAUAGCAAAAUCUCUUCCUCUCCGGUGGUUUCGCAGCAGUGGUUUGAUGACGUGUACGAUGCUGAUAGGCUAAAGAUCUACGAGAGCUUGAGUAACAGGAGUUUCUCGCCGGGAUUACCGGUUACCGGAACUUUACCGUUGAGGCGUAGUAGUAGCUCGUACCCUGAUCUGAGAAAUGGAGCUUUCAGGGAAACCGCCGAUCGCCGGUUCCGGUUUUACGAUGACUUCGAAAUCGACAAGUACCGAUCGCAAGAUUCGCCUUCUAAAAUCGAAAUCGAAGAAUCCGAGCCUAAAGAAAUUCCGGUUGAUAAAUUUGUUGUAAGGCCGUCUUCUCCACCGCCGCAUCCGCCGCAACAACCACCGGCACCACCACCACCUCCUCCUCCACUUCCUGAAUCAUCGCCGGUUCAAGUUUCACAGAAACCGAAAAGGACUCAUCGUUCUGUUAGAAACAGAGAUAUACAAGAAAAGUCGAAACGCAGUGACGCUAAUUCCGAUUCCACAAGAUUUAAACGAGCGUUUCAGCCUCCGCCUCCUCCGCCUCCGCCGCCUCCUCCGUUUAUAACCGCCACGCCACCGAGGAAACAGGGAACUCUUCAGCGAAGAAAGAGCAAUGCGGCUAAAGAGAUUAAAAUGGUUUUCGCUUCUCUGUAUAAUCAAGGAAAGAAGAAGAAGAAGCUUCAGAAACCAAAGAGAAAGGAGAGAAGCGAAUCUCCGGAGGUGGUGGUGGCGGCAACAGAACCGCCUCAAUACCAAUCGUCAUUUCCACCACCGUCUCCGCCGCCACCUCCUCCACCUCCUCCGCCUCCGCUGCGAUCGUCGCAGUCAGUGUUCUACGGAUUGUUCAAGAAGGGAGUUAAAAGCAAAAAGAUACACUCGGUUCCGGCGCCGCCUCCACCUCCACCGCCGAGGAAGAUCCAAUUGGAUCCUCAGACACCACCACGUAGAUCGAAAUCCGGAAGACCUCCGCGUCCGAUGAAACCGACAAAUUUCAACGAAGAUAGCUACGUCAACAACGGUCAUGCAUCUCCGUUGAUUCAAACCACGCCUCCUCCGCCUCCACCGCCUCCGUUUAGGGUUCCGCCGCUGAAAUUCGUGGUGAGUGGGGAUUUCGCGAAGAUACGGAGCAACCAGAGCUCCAGAUGUAGCUCCCCUGAGCGAGAAGUGAUCGACCUCGGUUGGGGUCUAGAGCUCACACAAUCUGACGGCGGAGCUGAAACCCUAACCGCCGUCGGGUCGGGAUUCUGUCCAAGCCCGGACGUUAACACGAAAGCCGACAAUUUCAUCGCCAGGCUCAGAGACGAGUGGAGGCUCGAUAAGAUCAACUCCGUUAAGGGGAAAUGGAAACAGAGCUCCGUGUAAGGCCCAAUAUAAGGCCCAUUGUAAAACGACGUAGUUUUAUUCCUCCUCAGAUUUUGCUUGCCCUGCAUGGUACGAUCAUACAACAAACACAUCUUCAAGCAAGCAAGCAAGUGGAGGGUAAGAAUUAUUCGAGAUGUUUAUAUGGAUUCUAAGCAAUGUGCAGACACAAUCACUCGAAUUUGAAGUAACGGGUAAAGUAAAACGGUUAUAAACGGCUGGUAAUUUUUUUUGAGUUUAACCUGUGGAGGGGUCGCUUUGUUAAUUGUUUGGUGUGUUUGGGUUUUCUCGGUUUGGAGUAUCCGAUGAAAAGUUGAUAACUUAUGGUGUUAGAAAUGUUGGUAGUUGGUAUUGAAUAUUGAUGUAUGUAUGGCCCGUGAUAUGGAAAUAUAGUUGUGGGCUCUGAAUUUUGUUGGGCCUACCUCUUGUCACCA